GGGCCGGGAUGUGACGGGGCGGCCGCCCCGCGCCCCGCUGCGCCGCUGCCCCGGGCCCGCGGGCCCCGCGCCCCGGGAGGCUGUCGGGGGGCGGCGGCGGCGGCGGGUCCCCCCCCCGCCGCCCCCAUGUCGGAGGGGCCGCCCUACGGCGAGGGGCAGCUGGCGGGGGACGCGGCCGUGGGGCAGCUGCCCUUCCCCGUCCGCCUCCGCGGCCCCGACGGCCUCCUCGCCGGCGGGCAAGGCAAGCGGCCGCCCAAGCUGGGGCAGAUCGGCCGCAGCAAGAGAGUGGUUAUUGAAGAUGAUAGAAUUGAUGAUGUGCUGCAAAAUCUCUCGGAAAAGGCCCCUCCUGGCGUUUAAAGCCUCCCCGGGGACGCUCGGCUGAAGCCGGAGGCGGGGGGACCGGGGGGGUCGGUUUACAACGGCACAGGUUAUCGGCAAAAAAUAAUCCCCCCCCCACCCCGCCGCCAAGACCGCAGCAACCGCGCCGAGCAAGCACUUGGAGAGCCGUCCUCACCAGCCUGCAAUCCCCACCGCACAGCAGCACAUCCUGCCUUCCGACAGACAAGCAGAGGGGAGGGCGGCGAGCGAGACAAAGCCCAACGGCAAAUAAAAAAAAAAAAAAAAUUAAAAAUAAAUAAAUAAAAAAUAAUAAUUGGAAAAAUAAUCACCUGCUCCAAAACCCCCACCCCAACCCGCCGGCGCGAGGGAUGAACGGAGGCGUCGCGCCGCGGCUCUGAAUUACUGGUGAUUUCUUUUCUCGGUCCAAUGAACCUUGCACCACGCUAGAUCGGGGGGUAAGAGGAAAGGGGGCAGCAAAAGAUUGGGGGGGGGGGGGGGCCGGCCCCCGGGGUCUCCCCCCGGCCAGGGUUGUUCCCAGUGGGCACCUUGUUUACAUUAUUUAAUCUUGCAAAAAUGAAUCCGUGCACUUGGAUGUACCACGCUAUCCCCUUCCUUAUGAUUUUUUAUGUUGAUGUCUUUGGAUGUUGGAAAAUGAUAUAAAAUAUAUAUAUAUAUAUUUCAUUUUAGUCACGUUUUAAGGUUCUCGAGGGGAAAACCAAAACUUUUAUAAAGGAAGGGCCUAGAGGAGGAAUUGCUGGUUUAUUUUUUAAAGCUUGUACUUCUUGGUUGCUGUGAGCAAAGGGACAGAUUUUAUAUGUACAGGGGGGCGGGGGGACGCUCGGCUUUUCUAACUACCAUGCAGUCUGUAGUGUGGGUGAUCUUGUUUUUUUUUUUUUUUCUUAUAUUGUGGCAGUUUCCUCUCUUUAAUAGACUGUAUUAAAAAUAUAUAUAUAAAAAAAAAAAAUCUCUAAUGUAAUCACAAGAGUGCCAAACACUUGGAGAUGCCGGAGGGCAGCAAUUCCCUCCCCGAGUCAAGUGGCACUCGGGGCUUUCCGCUCUUUCUAGGGCUCGGUCAAUCUCUCGUGGGGUUUUCUUUGACUUCUCUUUUCUAAUCUUUCUUUUUAACUAUUUUGCAUGACGUGCAUAGAAAAAAAAAGGGAAAAAAAAAAAAGCACCUCUUGCGCGAGGGCUUGGUUUCUUGUUUCUGUUUGCGCCUCUGACUGACAGACCUCAAGGCAGGUUUUCUUUCCUCCUUUUCUUAAAUAUUGUGUAUGUUGCACUUUUAUCCACUACACAGGGCUAUUUCUGCAAUGUCCAAAUAAAAAGGAAAAUGAAACAAAAUGGAAAAAAAAAAUAAUAAUAAAUGCGGAUCUGCCGUG